AAUUACAAUUUUUAUUUUCAAAAAAAAAAAAGAACUUGAAUGAUAAUUUAGUUUCAUAACUCUAAGGAACCAAACCUACCAAACAAAUAAAUAAAAUUUCUUCCAAAAAUAAGAGCAAAGCCCAUAUUUUGGUAAAGGAGGAGAGUGGUUAUGAUAAAAUACAGUAAUGUGAUUUUGUGCGUCAAAAAUCUGUGUGCACAGCCAUGGCGCUUCCCCUAUCCCUUCGUUUCCCGAUAGCAUCUCCCGCAGCUACCCAAAAACCCACACCCCUCACUCUCAAUCUCAGUCAUCAAUCUCCACCCCCUCCCCAUUUCAACCCCUCCCCAUUCCUCAGAAGCAGAAGGAUCUGGGCUAACCGGUUCGUCAUCAACGCCAUCGAAGGAGGAGGUCGCCAAGACGACAAAAAGGAGGAGUCGUCUUCCGAAACCACAACCACGCAGCAACAAAAUCCCCCAGAAGAACCCGAAUCGGCUUCGGAGCUGGGAUCGCAGAUCAGAAAAGCCAUGAGGGAGAGAGAAGAGAGCAAGGACAGAGAUGGGGGUUUGUUGGGAGGGGUGGCGGAAGAGAUUGAGAAGAUCGAGUGGCCUGUGUUCGGGAAGGUGUUGGGAACUACAGGGUUGGUUAUCGGCGUCAUCGCCGGAUCCAGCGUUGUUCUUCUCACCGUUAACGCCAUCUUGGCCGAGCUCUCCGAUCGUGUCUUCGCCGGCCGUGGUGUUCAGGACUUCUUCGGCCCGUAGGGGAAUUGAUGAGCCCUUGUCGACCCUAUCUCCUCACCGACCGCUUCUGCGGCCCCCUUCGAAGCUCCGAUUCUUCGACGUAUUCCAACUCCGGCGGCAACGUCGACGGCUUGACUGUGAUCGCCGAGCACUUGGCAUUCUAUAGAUCGAUCCAUCUCUUCUCCGCCGACGAACAGAUUCCCAGGCCAAACGCAUUCCCAUUCUUUGUGAUUUUUUCUUUUCGGUCCAAGAGGAGAGCUAGAUUUCGUAGAACUUUUUCUGUUUCUGAAUUUCCAUGGAGCUAUUCCCAGGGCAUAGUCUCACGACCGCUUGGAGUUUUGUUUUGUUUUUUGAUUUUAACUUAAUGUUUCGUUUGGCAUCUAAGAAAGUGUGGGAAAAAGGAUAAAUUUUUAUA